AUGGCAUCCUCCACCCCAAAUAUGCUUACGAAGUUUGAGUCGAAAUCCUCGAGGGCUAAAGGAAUUGCUUUCCAUCCCAAACGGCCAUGGAUUCUCGUCUCUCUCCACUCGUCGACGAUCCAGCUCUGGGACUACCGUAUGGGAACUUUAAUUGACCGUUUCGAGGAGCAUGAUGGCCCAGUCCGAGGAAUCGACUUCCACAAAACACAACCCCUCUUCGUUUCUGGCGGGGACGACUACAAGAUCAAAGUCUGGUCAUAUCAGACUCGCAGAUGCCUAUUCACGUUGAAUGGCCAUUUGGAUUACGUUCGCACAGUUUUCUUUCACCACGAGCUUCCUUGGAUUAUUUCCAGUUCCGAUGAUCAGACAAUUCGGAUUUGGAACUGGCAGAACAGAUCACUGAUUUGCACUAUGACCGGCCACAACCAUUAUACCAUGUGUGCGCAAUUCCAUCCCAAAGACGAUUUGGUAGUUUCUGCCUCCCUAGAUCAGUCCGUCCGAGUUUGGGAUAUUUCCGGCCUACGAAAGAAGCACUCAGCUCCCACCUCAAUGACCUUCGAAGAUCAAAUGUCUCGAGCGAAUCAGAAUCAAGCGGAUAUGUUUGGUAAUACGGAUGCCGUAGUCAAAUUUGUGCUGGAGGGGCACGACAGGGGUGUAAACUGGGUUGCAUUCCAUCCCACAUUACCGCUCAUCGUUUCUGCGGGUGACGAUAGGCUCGUGAAACUGUGGAGAAUGAGUGAAACCAAGGCUUGGGAAGUUGAUACAUGUCGAGGCCAUUUCCAGAAUGCUUCAGGAUGCCUGUUCCAUCCCCACCAAGACCUGAUUUUGUCUGUGGGUGAAGACAAGACAAUCCGAGUGUGGGACCUCAACAAGCGCACUUCAGUACAGUCUUUUAAGCGGGAAAAUGAUCGAUUCUGGGUUAUUGCUGCUCAUCCCGAGAUCAAUCUCUUUGCGGCUGGACACGAUAAUGGUGUAAUGGUCUUUAAGCUUGAACGGGAAAGACCUGCAUCUGCCUUUUACCAGAACAACCUCUUUUUCAUUACCAAGGACAAGCACGUUCGAUCAUACGAUUUCCAAAAGAACGUUGAGAGCCCAACUUUGUUGACCCUGAAGAAGCUUGGUAGCCCCUGGGUCCCACCGCGAUCUCUUUCAUAUAAUCCAGCGGAAAGAGCUAUUUUGGUUACAUCUCCUGCAGAUGGCGGAUCUUACGAACUCAUAAACCUCCCAAGGGACGGUUCAGGCUCUGUCGAUGCAACUGAUACCAAGCGCGGCCAGGGAACUUCAGCGCAAUUUGUAGCACGAAACCGUUUCGCAGUUUUCAAUGCUUCGACCCAGCAGAUUGAUAUCAAGGAUCUAUCUAACUCAACCACGAAAACCAUCAAACCACCAACUGGAACUACUGAUAUUUACUUUGGCGGGACCGGAAACCUGCUUCUGAUAACCCCAACCACAGUCUACUUGUACGAUAUUCAGCAGAAGAAGAGCACAGCAGAAUUAGCUGUGAGCGGAGUAAAGUAUGUUGUCUGGUCGAAUGAUGGACUGUACGCUGCACUUCUGAGCAAGCACAAUGUCACUAUUGUUACAAAGACUUUGGAACAAGUCAGCACUCUGCACGAGACGAUUCGAAUCAAGAGCGCGACAUGGGAUGAUGCAGGUGUUCUUCUCUACUCCACCCUCAACCACAUCAAAUAUACCCUGUUGAAUGGAGACAAUGGCAUUGUCCGAACCCUCGACCAAACAGUCUACCUCGUGCGUGUGAAGGCUCGCAGUGUUUACUGUCUGGACCGAAAUGCCAAACCAAAGCUCUUGAACAUUGACCCAACCGAGUAUCGAUUCAAGCUCGCAUUAGUCAAGCGAAAUUAUGAGGAAAUGCUGCAAAUCAUCAAGAACUCAAGUCUUGUUGGUCAAAGCAUUAUCUCAUACCUGCAGAAGAAGGGAUACCCUGAAAUUGCACUCCAGUUCGUCCAAGAUCCCCAGACUCGGUUCGAGCUUGCUAUUGAGUGCGGCAACUUGGAAGUUGCUGUUGAGAUGGCAAAGCAGCUGGACAGACCCAAGCUCUGGUCGCGGUUAACAACAGAAGCCCUUGCCCAUGGCAACCAUCAAAUUGUUGAAAUGGCGUAUCAGAAAUUAAGGCAGUUCGACAAGCUGUCAUUCCUGUAUCUUUCUACAGGUGAUGAGGCAAAGCUCACCCGAAUGGCCAAGAUUGCCGAGCACCGUGGCGAUUUCACUGCUCGGUUCCAGAAUGCUUUGUAUCUCGGGGAUGUUAAUGAUCGGAUACAAAUGUUCAAAGAGAUUGACCUAUAUCCUCUUGCAUACAUGACAGCCAAAUCUCACGGCUUGGAAGAAGAGUGCGAAUCUAUUCUUGAGGUGACCGGUCUUACUGAAGAACAGAUCACUCUACCAACUAUUGGCACUCCCCUAUCUCCACCCAAACCAAUCGUGCCUACAUUCAAGGCCAAUUGGCCAACCAAGGCCACCUCUCAAUCAUUCUUCGAGAAGGCUCUGCUUGGCCAAGUCGAGGGCCUGUCGCUAGAAGAUGAGCCAACCGCAACGUCGAAUGGAUUUGGAUUUGACGAGGCAGGAGAGGAUGAUGGGGCGAAAAGAAACGGCAACCUCAUUGAUGCGGACGAUGACGAGGACGCUGCUGGCUGGGAUAUGGGUGAUGAUAUUGUUCCGGAAGUGGAGAGCGAUUUCGUCAACGUAGACAGUGCUGAAGCUGGUGCCGGAAGCAGUGAAGCAGAUUUAUGGGCCCGCAAUUCCCCCUUGGCUGCUGACCACGUGGCCGGAGGCUCUUUUGAGUCCGCCAUGCAGUUGCUCAAUCGACAACUCGGUGCAGUUAACUUUGAGCCCUUGAAGCCUCGAUUCUUGGAGAUCUACCAAGCUUCGAAGACCUAUCUCCCCGCCUCUGCUGGUCUACCUCCUCUCAUCAACUAUGUCCGCCGAACAGUUGACGAAACUGAUCCUCGAAAAGUCCUCCCCAUCAUCCCCCGAGAUAUCGAGUCCUUGGCUACAAAUGAUCUUCAAAGGGGUUAUGACGCUAUGCGGACCAACAAACUUGAAGACGGUGCUCGUAUCUUCAAAGGUAUCCUUCACGCUCUUCUGGUAAACGCGGUAUCAACAGCUUCAGAAGUUGAAGAAGCUAGAAAGCUCAUUGCAUCCGCAAGCGAAUAUAGCAUUGCUAUGAACAUUGAGCUAUCACGCCGAAAGCUUGGUAGCGCAGAAGAAAUCGCCAAAUCACCCGAGAAGCUCAAGCGUAGUCUUGAACUCUCUGCAUACUUCACAAUCCCCAAGCUCGAGGUUCCACAUAGACAGAUCGCGUUGGUGAGCGCGAUGAAGCUGGCCUACACCAGCAAGAACUUCAACUCGGCUUUGAGCUUUGCGAACAGAAUGUUGGCCAAUGGCGGGGCAACUAAGAUGCUCGAUAAUGCACGAAAAACGAAAGCUCAAUGUGAACGAAACCCUAAUGACGCAAAUGAGAUUGAAUUUGAUCAGUUCGCCGAGUUUGACAUCUGCGCCGCUUCAUACACACCCAUCUACUCUGGGUCCGCGUUUGAAGUAUGUGCUUUCGACGGAAGCAAGUACCAUUCUAAAUACAAGGGAACAGUAUGUGCAGUUUGCGGCGUCUGUGAAGUUGGAAAGAACGGGAGUGGAUUGAAGCUUGUUGCAUGA